AUGGUGUGUUUUUUAGGUUGUUAUGAUGGAUUGAUUCAGAAGACGAAGCAACACAACACCCAUUUUGGUUUACGCGAGCCUUUCUCUGGUCUUAAUAAGAUGGAUUUUGAGCUUCAUGGCAUCUACAUUGAUCAUGAACCAGACGAAGAGUUCAUUACUCCACUGGACAAGUGUAAGGAUACAUUUCUUAAUGUGUUACUAACUGAUAAAAAUAUUAGAAACUCUAGUUUGACUGAUGAUGUAAGAGCACAAGUGUAUCAUGGUCGUGACUUACAAAGUGAUGAAGAUGAAGAAGAGCAAGAACAGGUGAUAAACAAGUACAUAAUACAUGAUCCAAAAACAAGAUGGGACAAAAUGGAACCAAAACUUGGUGACAUGUUUGAGAAUGUUACAUAG